CGCGCACACUAUUCGAGACAUUCUUCUUGUCUCGUUCUCGCGUUUAUAACAUUCGAGACUGAGGCACGCAGCGAGAGCUCAAAAAACAAGGCUUCGUUGGUGUAUAUAAGCACGCUAGGAAACGGGCCGAAAUAUACCACCGGUAAAAACACCUUAAAUAAGCGAAAAUAAUCUUGGAGCACGAAGCGACAUAAAUUCUCACGUUAACUCGUCAUUGGAAUAAUCCUUUUAUUAAUAACUCGGACAAAACAAUGUGAAAUGAGAAAUAAAAGAACGGGAAGAGAUAAAAAUUGACGAAAAAAUGUGCAAGCUAAAAUAUCCACGAUGCUAAAUCGUCCCCUUAAUUUUGGUGUGAAAACUACGCGAUCUGUGUCGCGAGGCUAAAACUUUAACUCUCGUUAACUCGUUGAUUUCUUCGUUUUCUUUCCUCGCCAUUUCAUCCCCUCUUUUGAACUUAGCCCAACGAUGACGUUGAAAGUAGCGAAAAAUCCGGUAGGAGUGAAUCGAAGAAUAAACGUAAAGAAAUAAAUAGCAUAAAGAAUGUUUCAUUGACUCGGGAAUCAUCGUAGCCGAUAUGAAUCGAGUGCGAGAGGGUCGGUGAUCGCGCAAGUGUGGGCGUGUAAUUUUCUCGACGAUCGCGCGGUCCGAGGAGUUGCUCCUUCAUAAACAAAUAUAUAAACUAUCGUGAAAUCGUUGGCGGGCGUUUGGCUUGCGGUGAGAGUGAAAAGUUGAUGAAUUUCAAAUGACUCCCUACCGGACUCGUGUUACCAAAGUUUCGUAUCGGUGUUUCGCCGAGGGAUUGAACGCAUGAAGAAAAGUUUAAUACAGGGGGAGGAAAGAAAAAACAAAACGAAGCCAAACGAAUAGAGAGCAUGACCGAGACCUGAAACAUCGGCUCAAUGAUGAACGAAAUUCCGGAGGAGGCACCCGAAGGCUGAGGGAGAAUCGUCGCUAAAACCUUUUGAAGAGAUGCGGCUAGGUACCUCGGGAUUUGGCGUAAUCGCCUUAGUCUCCUUACUGGUGGCAGCUACUCCAGGAAGGAACGAGAGCGUUUCGAAGGAGCCUCCGGAAGGUGGAAUUUCGUGGCCUGUCUCAGUGGUCAGGGUGAGCAGAAGUAAGAACGAGGAAACGCGUAGGAGGUUCGUUAAGAUCAAGAGCGAUAGGAAAGACAGCUCGUCGAGGGGCGAGACAUCGAGUAGUAUUCCUCUUUGGGCAUUUUCCCAUCCUCCGAUAGCUCGAGCAAAGGAGGAUCGUCGAAGUAGGGACGAAAGAGGAACGGAAGUUUCGAGAUUUGGGGAGCAUUUGAUCUCGUCGUCCGAAGAGCCGAGGAGGCCAGCGGUCAAUUUGAAGAGAUCAUUGAAGUAUCCAUCGAAUAAUUGGUCCGAGGGUAAUGCAUCGGGAAGUUUCGGGGACGAAGAAUCACGGUACAAAGUGAGAUCGAAUACGAAUGUCGUUACUGUCGCUUCCUCGUCGCGGAAGUUUCGUGAAAAAUUUCUCGUCACUGUGGCUUCUCCCGGCUCGAGUUUCACGAGGGUCGCUCCAACGCCUCGAUCCUUCACUGCUCAUCGUUCUCAUGCUUCUCCCCGUGCCCGUGAUGGUGGCCGUCAUCGACGUCGCAAACGUGAAACUAUCGGAGAAGAUGAAGAAACGAAAUCCCUGGGUAGACACGACGAUAAGGAAUCAAGGAGAGAGGAAAAGCAGUUGACGAUCGAGAGAAUCACGAACGAGGAAAGAUCGAGCACCGUUGAGUCAGCGAUAACAAUGAGCCACGGAAUAACGACGGUGACAUCUACAACGAAUAAAAGCGUCUCUGCUAACGGAAGCUUCGCGGAUGCGAGUUUUCGGAGAGCAACGGAGCGUUACGAGUCACAGAUAAUGAGAAAUAUUCCUGAGCCCGUGAGCAGCAACUAUUCGAAUGGUAAUUCGACGAAGCGGUAUCACAAUGAGAAUACGAGCGAGCUCAUUUUCAAUUCAGCACCAAGAACAAUAUCACGGAAACGGGGAAACUCGGACGCUGCGGAUAAUCCAUUUAUGGCUAAUUACUCGCCGUUGAAACACUCCAAAGUACUGAUGAUCGAUGUCACCGAGAAUCCUCCAAUCGGUCGGGCCAACGACCGCGAAGACGGGGACGUAAAACGCUUCGCCUCGGGCGAUUCGAGGACUGACAAGCUGACGAAUUAUGUGGCAAAGGGGAACUUAUCGAGAGAUCGAAAUCCAAGCGGCUCCGAGCACCACGAGGAGAACCGAGUCGGUGAUUUAGGUUUGUUAAAGGGAGUCGGCGGGGUAUCAACGCCUGGAACUUUGAUCGAGCUCACCCUUCGGAAACACGAGACUCCAGUGGAGCCCGACAUCUUCACCGAAGAAACGGCCCCGCGAACAAGGCAAAUCACUCACCAAUCCUUACCGGAAGUUCCGAUUGUCGGAGCGGAUACUUUGGAGCGUGGAGCAAACGUCCGUGAUGGCAAUCCCAUCGACAACGGUAUCGCCUCGCUGGAUAAUCACAAAGCCAUUCGCGUUCGAUCGUCCCACGGAGCGAGUCACCAAAAUGAGAAACAAGCUGAAAGCGGCUCGGGUGCUUCCUCCUUCGAUCAUUUCCCUCGCAAAGACGAACUUCUUCAAGACGAAGAAACUUCUCGUUUCAACGACAAAAUUCAAACUUCCCAGCUCGGGGUUAAUCAAAUAAGUUUCGGUAAAUCGAGUUAUCCGAGCACGAAAAACGCCUCGAAACCACUCAUCAAUUUUUUGGACGGCAAAUCAAACAAAACAUUUUACGAGAUCAAACCUUCCGUCAUCACGGACAUGGACCGACCCGAUGAACUCGACUUUCCAACCACCACCAGACAGAGCUUCGACAGGUUUUUGUUGUCGAGUGUGCCCAGCGUUUUUGGUAAAUUUGGACCCUACUUUUUGGACAAGGAAGACGGAAAAAACGUGACGAAGAGGAUCGGCAGCACCGUUCAGCUCGACUGUCGAAUCGGAUUUCUCGGUAAUCGAACGGUCACCUGGCUCCGUCACUACAUCGACUCCUUUCGACUACUCACCGUCAAUCAAGCUUCUUACAGCGUCGAUCGAAGAAUAAGCCUCAAAUUUACAUAUCCGGACAAUUGGAGAUUGCAGAUCACCUACGCCUCCAUGAGGGACUCGGGCCUCUACAAGUGUCAGGUCGAGAUCGACCCGAACAAAUCGCUGGUGAAGAAGUACAACGUUAUAAUAACUGCCCCGAUUCUGACGAUAACCGAUGACUCCGGACGCCCAGUUUCCGGCGAAAGACACCUCAAAGCUGGCAGCACUUUAAAACUCCGAUGCGAAGCGAGAGACGUUAUGCAAGGACUGAACGAGUCCGUGCUCUGGAUGAGGGGCGACGAGACUCUCACCGACGACGUCAGUGAAAACAGAACGACAGAAAUGGUUAACGAGAAAGAGGUCAACGUUGUAAUCAGCACUCUUUUCGUUGACAAGGCGAUUCCCAGGCACGCAGGGAAUUACAGUUGUGUCGUGCCGGACAAGGCCAAAACAACUAUAGCCGUGCACGUGCUCAACGGCGAAUUGCCAGCUGCUGUCCAACACGGGAGCGGCGUUUCUACCGCUGUCCUCAAUAUUUGGCUGGUUCAUCUAACUGCGAGUUACGGAUUCUUCAGAUGACGUUUCUAAGAUAACCACGGAGAUAAUGGAAUGAUUGAAUAUCGAGCCCUUGCCAGCUGCGUCGGUCUCCAACGAUGCUGAAAUUUAGUGCUGCGGGAUUAAAGAUAAAAAAUGUUGAAAAAGAGAACGUGGAUUUUUCGUGUUUCUCAAAUGUCAUGGGAUCAAUCGAAUGGACCCGAAUAAGUUUAUCGUCGAUUUACAACGCAACGAAAGAGAGAGAGAGAGACCCGGUGCGACAAAACAAGGCAUGAAAUAACGAACAAACAAGCGAAAAAGUGCAGUCGCGUAUGAUGAGAAAAAAAUGUCCUCGCCUUUUUGUCCUCGCCAUCCGUUUUUCCGAAUGGCAACGCCACCGAGAUCGCUAUCGAAAUAUACGUCGAGUUGGAUUUCCGAGCACGACGAAUUUAUUGCCCCCCGUAACAUGCCUCCACGUAUAUUUGUAUAUACGCGGACGCCGGGAAUAAUUUACACGUGGAAGUGAAGCGUUCGUUCUUCUUUCCCUGCGACGUGAGAAGGGUCGCGACUUGGCCAAUGCGCGGAGAGAACACGAUCUCGAAAAACGGAAAGCUCUUUUGUAUUCCUGCGUAUUUCUUCGUAUCUGCUUCAACCCCGAGUUGUGUGUUCCUGUAACUCGAUUUUUUUCCAUCGGCGCAGCGAUCCUGCCUGCAGAACUCUUUGCGGGCUCGAAAUAACAGCAUUGAAAUCUGAAACGGCUCGCGGUCGAAAUAAAAUAAAAAACUGGGCUCGCCGGAGGGGAAAAUAGAAAGCGGAAACUUUCUCGGAAACAUCGACGAGCCUCAAAAUCUUCGAGCAAAAAUUCCUUCUCCUUCGUCAUUUUUUCAAAACCCUUUUUUUCCAGUAUCCCCCACGUUUAUUCGUCAAGUAAAAUAAUGAAGUCUGCAAAUGAGGAGAGCGGCGCGCGGAAAGCAGAAAAUUUAUUUGCCGAGUGCGGGAAGUGCGUGCGAUAAAGCAAACGCGAUACCGCACCGUUUAUGAGCGAGUGAAAUUCCGUAUUCAGCCGAGCGCUGCGCGCGUGUCUCUCUCCAAAUGAGAAAAGUUUACACAACAUAAUGGAAACGCAGACGAUACGUCUGCAGCUACAUUCUCGUGUGGUCGAAUGGACCGCCUCCGAUCUAAUUAGGACGGUAUACGUUCGCGUAUACUAAUGAGACGGAUAGGACGAGAGGGCCAUUUUGGAUUCCGUACGAUCGUCCUAACCACAACGUUGAUAUAUAUAUCCAAAGCCAAAUAUCUGUAUAUACGUAGAUAUGAAUUGUUGUAUGCAGUGGAUUCAAUUGAAAUCGAUGAAAAAUCAAAACAAAAAAACAUAAUAUCCCAUCAAACUAUAAUUCGAAUUGACGAUUACUAAUUUUGGCCAAUGAAUUCUGGUUCAGUAAUUAAUACACGAAUGAUACGAAGGACGACGAAAAAGAGCCAGCGCUCCGAGGUGCUAAGAGUGAACGUGCGACGAAGCAGAACCAAAAAAAGGUAAUAAAAGAGAAGAGAAAAAGAAAAUAUUUGAGGAGACGUCUUACGAAAAUAAGCGAUUUGUAUCUCAUUGUUAACGACGAAUAGGGAGAGAGAGAAAAGCAAUGAAUUUAUUCAUUCCCCAACAGUUGUACGAAAAUCUAUUAUACAUUAUAUAUAACGUUAAAAUACGAUUAAAAAAUGUACAUAUAUAAAUAUAUAGUUAUAAUGUAGAAAUAGGAUCGACGAGGAGGAAGAUAACGAACAUGCCAAAGAAAUCGAGGCGAAUCGACACACGAAUUUCUUGUGCUAAGUACGUACGUUUCGGAUUAAAUGGAAAUAAAAAUAUGUCCUCUCUCUCCCUCUCUCUCUUGUCUCUCUUCGCCUCUCGUGUCGCGGCGUUCUCAACGAAUUUAAUCUGAGUAUAUUUAUAACGAAUAUAAAUAAAGGCUCGGGAAUUGAGAGAUAUUUAAGAAUUUUUGGUCACGAUCCAAACUAAAGAUUUCGACGGAAGCAAUUUGUUUUAAUGAUAUCACUGAAAAUUCAAUCUCUCUGUGUCUUUUUGCCCUUCGUGUACUCUUAUCUCCAAAUUGAAAUAUUAAAAUCGCCGGGGGAUCCGAGAUGAGAUUGAAAACGGAGGAGGAAACACUUGCAAGUACGAGAAUGAGGUAAUAUGAUCGGGAUUUAAGGAGGAGAAAAAAACGUAUCAUGCGAGCAAAUGAAAUAAUAAAACAAUGUAUAUAAUAUAGCGUAUUAAUUAAUAUACACAAAUGAAUAUACGCAAUGAAAAAUGUUUUAUCUAUAAAUAAAUAAAUAAAUAUACUUUAAGUAACGAUCGUUCGUGAUAUGAUAUAUUUUUAUAUGUAAAUACGAAUGAGUUCCUUCUUGUUAUCUUGAUAAAAUACGUUAUUUAUAAAUAUUGUAAACUCUCAAAAUUCGUAUAGUCCAAUUAUUCAUGAAAUCUUUAUCGCGCUACAUCAAAUUCUUCCAAUUCAGGAUUUUUCUAUAAAACGUCAUUUUUCAUUGUACUGGACACACAGGAUUCUCCCCCCCCUCUCUCUCUCUCUCUCUCUCUCUCUCUCUCUCUCGAUACGGAGCCCACAACAUGUUUUUAAGCACAUGUAAUACAACUGUAGCUCGCUUUGCUAGUUAUUUUAUUAUUUCUUUAUGUUUUUUUUUUAUUUUGUUUUUAAGUUAGUUUUUAUUUAUACACAUAUUGUAUUGCUCAGUAGCCAAGCUCAGGUUUAUUGUAACUGAGCUGAGUUAUUUUUCUGCUUAAAAUGCCUAACAGGUUAUUAAGGCAAGUGAAAUAUCGUCAUCAUCAUCUCUCUCAUUAGAAUACUCCAAACUGUGUUCUCUACGUUCGCUCUUAGUUUUAUUUUAGAUUAUUUUAUUUAUGUCUUUUAGACUGUAUAAUGCUUCUCUAUGUUCAGUAUCUGCGCUCCAUCUUUAUUAUUGUUAAUAUUUUAUUUUUAUUUUAGUUUAAUUUCUUUUUAUUUUUUAAAUAUUUUAGAAAAUGCUACUUUACUAUCUUUUUGGCUUGCGCCUUUUAGCGUGCUUGGGCGGAAAUAUGUAUACAAUCAAUCAAUCUCCCGCUGGCAGGGUUUUUCGUUGGAUUUUUUCGUCAGUGAUUUGAAAAAUAGCGCUGGCUUUUGAAAAUUUUUUUCAGUACAUUAAUUACUGGAAUUACGUUUUAAUUGUCCGUUGAGCUCGUGUCUGGUGGAAAAAAAGUUGGUGAAAAUGCGACAACACCCUCGUUCGACAUUGAUAAUUGGGAGCGAAAUGCGCAAAGCCGAUCAUUCUAGGGUAAGGAUAAAUUUUUGGAAAAAGGUACAAUUAAAUUCCGCCCCGAGGGAGGGCUCGUUGCCUUUUGUCAAAAUUGAUUGAAUUUUCUCACGAUAGAUUGAGUUUAUUCGCGCGAACGAAAUGACUUUUCAACAACAUUUCGUAUUCUAUGAACCCAGCCUUUUUUCCGGCUUUUCUCUCUAUCGAUCUAACGAUUAUUCCAGUCUUUAUGGGCUCUCGCGUAACGCGCCUUCCGUCAUCUCGUAUAAGGCGAACGCGAAUACAAAGAAUUUAUCAGAUUUUGAAACUCUGACGGGGGAAAAGCAAUCCUCGGGACGAAAUAAUACGUCGACGAUAAAAAAAAAGCCUUUCGAAACCCGUAGAAACUGCGGGAGCGGAUAAAAGUUUGAGAGUGAAAGAAACGCAGAGAGAGAGAGGACGAGAGAGGCCACUGCACCAUAAAGUAAAACGUGUACCAUUUUUUCUAUUAUGUAGCAACGGAAACAACGAGUCGAUAAAAAAAAAGGACUCGUAUCCAUCGCUUCUGCGAAGAAAAACUACGAGAGAGAGCGAGAGGCUGUUGCAGCGAGAAGAAAAAAGCGGAGAAUCGUUCUCGGGCGUUUCUUUUUUUUCGUUUUCACAGUCAACGAAUGCGUGCUUUUUUGAAUUACUCGCUUAUUCAUGGUUCACUUUCGCCUUUCAAUGGAACGUCCACACACGCCGGGCGCACUUCCAAAUCCGUAGCAACAGACCGGCCUUGUUUUUUGUACUGGAAAGAAAACAACCCCCUCGAAAAUUGGGCGAGCUCCCGCUCACUUUUUACCAUUUCUUCCUCCUUUUUUUGCUGGCCCUGCGUUAUCUCUAUCCGUGCAACGGAAUCGCAUUUUGACGUGACAGUUGACAAGGAUUUCAGGCUCAAAAUUACACAUACACGCGAAAAAGUGAAUAAACAAAUAUACAUACGAAUAUAUGAUGUAAGCAGUACGGUAAACGUAUCGAAAGCGGCGUAUUAAUCGAAUGCGAUACUUCACCGUGUGUUAAAUCACGCCCCACUCAUUGUAAAUCAUAAUUGAUAAAUAUAUUUGAAAAAAUAUGUGAAAA